UCUUCAUAAAGAAAUGUGUCAAAACAAAAAGUUGUAUCAUAAUAUUUUCAUAAUAAUUUUGUUGAAUCAUUCAUAUUUUAAUUCGCUAUUGUAUUGCGACAUUGUCCAAUCGAGUCUUUAAUCUUUAUUGUGCUAGUGAAUAUUCAGCGAUGGUAGCGUCUUGAUUUUUCGUCAUGCAGUUAUACAAGAGUGUGUUAGUGGUUAUUCCAUUAUUUCUUGCUGUUGGUUGUGGAGAACUAACAUUGGAAGACAAAGAAAAUUUUUUAAUUGGAUUUGUCGAAUAUUUGAACAAUUUGCCUGAUCAAGUCUACAAAUACGAUGAAGGCGUCCUUCUUAAUGCGCAUAAAACUGAUGACAGUAGCAAAUGUUACUACAUUGAAGUCAGAUUGAGAGCUACAGAAGUCCACAAUUUAGACUCAUCAAGAUAUUUAAAAUGUUCUGCCACAAUUCAAAACACGGAGGAAAAUGGUGUUGCCAUACAAGAUCAGUAUCAUUGUGAGGAUGCUGAUCAGGUUACAGAAUCCAGUGUUAGUGAUGAUGAUGAGACUGUAGAAGAUGUGGUAGCAGAGGAACAGACAACUUUAGCUGCAGUCCACACACCUGUGCAUUUGGACAAUGAAGUUCAGACAAAUACUGGAGUUACAUCUGGCGAGGAAUUCAUUGCAGUGCCACGGCGUAAAUAUGGUGAUGUCUGUAUGGGUUGUUCUGAUCAUGUUAAUCCCCAAGCACCUGGGGUCAGAGAGUUGGCGCUACUGGGCAUUAAACAUUUAGAUAUACAUGAAACAACCAUAAGGCACUCAUUAGAGACUGUUAUUGAUGUGGAAAGACAAGUACAAGUUGUUAAUGGUGUAAGAUAUACCUUACAACUUCAAGUUGGUUUUGAUAACUGCACAUCAACUUCACGUGAUUCUUGUUUUGAUAGUAAAGUGUGCAGAAUAUCUAUAUUGGAAAAGACUUGGAUAAAGUUACCAGAUGGUUCAAAAUAUAGAGCCAUUCUUUCUAACAAUUGUACACAGGAAUGGAUUUUUGGUGAUGAGGGUGAAUAUAUUUCUAAUGUCGAAAGAAACAAAAAAGACAGUGAAGACAUUGAUGUCAAUCCUCAUAUACAUGAUAAAGUUGAUCCUAAUCCUGUCCCUGACUAUGAUAAAAUUGCUAAUACUGGUUCUGUGGAUGAAAUUCUUAAAGCAGUGCAUAAAAAUGAGGUUGAGGCAGAAAAACAAACUGACAAAUCUCUUAGCGAGACUGAGUUAAGAGAAUUAGAGGACCAGAUAAUUCCUCAUGAUAGAAAUUAUGAAUCAGUAGUAUAUCCACAUUUUCCCAAAAAACCAUAUGAUUCAAAUGUUCAAUUGCAUCAUAUUGUUAAUGUUGAAGCUGCAGUUCAAGGAAGUAUUGAUAAUCCUAUUCCAUAUAAACAACCUGAAUAUGAAAAAACUAGUAAGUUUUUAAAUGAAGACCGAAAAAAAGCAAUUGAUGAUCUAAUAUAUUUUUUUAAUUCUGCUGGAUUUGACAGUGUUCAUGAAAACUUUCCGAAAAUGAAAAGGGAUUACGACAAUGAAUCAAAAGUUAUGUCUGUUUCCAGUAAAUUCCAUCAUGUAAAAAAGAAUGUCAAUGAAAAUAUGACUAAUAGAAUGAAACGAUCUGGUUUGGUUGGUGGGGCUAAUAGUAAAGAUCCAAAUGAUCCAAAAUAUAAGUCGUUAGCAGAGGAAUCAUUACAUCAUUAUUUAACGUCAAACAACCUUAAGGGAACAUAUGAAGUAAAAGUUGAAAAUGUUACUGUUCAGGUAGUUGCUGGAACAUUAACUAAAAUUCAUUUUAAAAUAGUUUCUAGAAAUUCUGACGACAGAGUAAAAUACUGUAAUUCGGAAAUUUGGGAAAAACCAUGGUUAAAUUUUAAAGAAAUAACUAAAGUUACAUGUGAUAUUAAAAAUGAUGAUGAAAGGAUUAAAAGACAAGUACCAGGUGGAGUGGUAAAAGAACAUAUUAUUAAUUCUUAUUAUCAAGAAAUGGCACAAGACAAGAAUGUCAAUGAUUUAGGUGACAAUGAAAAUAUGAUUAUUAGAAUGAAACGAUCUGGUUUGGCUGGUGGGGCUAAUAGUAAAGAUCCAAAUGAUCCAAAAUAUAAGUCGUUAGCAGAGGAAUCAUUACAUCAUUAUUUAACGUCAAACAACCUUAAGGGAACAUAUGAAGUAAAAGUUGAAAAUGUUACUGUUCAGGUAGUUGCUGGAACAUUAACUAAAAUUCAUUUUAAAAUAGUUUCUAGAAAUUCUGACGACAGAGUAAAAUACUGUAAUUCGGAAAUUUGGGAAAAACCAUGGUUAAAUUUUAAAGAAAUAACUAAAGUUACAUGUGAUAUUAAAAAUGACGAUGAAAGGAUUAAAAGACAAGUACCAGGUGGAGUGGUAAAAGAACAUAUUAUUAAUUCUUAUUAUCAAGAAAUGGCACAAGACAAGAAUGUCAAUGAUUUAGGUGACAAUGAAAAUAUGAUUUUUAGAAUGAAACGAUCUGGUUUGGCUGGUGGGGCUAAUAGUAAAGAUCCAAAUGAUCCACAAUAUAAGUCGUUAGCAGAGGAAUCAUUACAUCAUUAUUUAACGUCAAACAACCUUAAGGGAACAUAUGAAGUAAAAGUUGAAAAUGUUACUGUUCAGGUAGUUGCUGGAACAUUAACUAAAAUUCAUUUUAAAAUAGUUUCUAGAAAUUCUGAUGACAGAGUAAAAAACUGUAAUUCGGAAAUUUGGGAAAAACCAUGGUUAAAUUUUAAAGAAAUUACUAAAAUUACAUGUGACAUUAAAAAUGAUGAUAAAAGGAUAAAAAGACAAGUUACAGAUGGUGCGGUAGAUGAAAAUAUAAAUAAUCAGCAGUUAAUAAAUACAAUGAUACAAGAAAAAAUUUCCUUGAUGAAAAAAAAUAAAAGACAAGCAGACAGUAGUUUUAUAAAAAAAUACCAAGGUAAAAAACAUUCAUUAAAGGGAAGGGAAGUAAAACAAGACCCCAAAUUACCCGAAUUCAAAUUAUUAGCUGAGGAAUCAUUACGAAAGUAUCAGCAAAAACAAUUAAAUGAGUCAUCAAACCACGAAGUCACCUCAGUAGAAAAAGUUGCAAAGCAGUUGGUCUCAGGAGUAAAGUAUAGUAUAGAUUUUUUAGCUAAGCCAGUUCAAUGUACAACAGAUGAGCAUAAAGUAGUCCAAUGUACUCAUACUGAAAAUGAUACUCUAUAUUGUCACACGAAUAUAUGGAAGCGGCCUUGGAAAGGUCCUCCUAAAAUUGAGGUAGAUUGUAACAGAUUAUAUAGUGAAGAAGAAGAUGAAGAUGAAAAUGAUGAUGACAGAAAAAAACGCAAUUUGGGUGUAUUAGGAGAAAAAGAUUUAGACUUUGAGAACUAUAGAGCAUUAGCUGAAGAAACAUUAACGAAGUAUCAUCUCUUAUCUAAUGUUAAAUAUAUUCAUAAAAUUUUAAAAAUACACCAUGUACAAAUACUUGGAUCACUGACGAAACUUCAAUUUUCGAUAUCUCCAACUAAAUGUUUACUAUCUAAUAACCCAGUGCUUGUAGAUGGUUGUGUCUUAUUAAAACCGAAAAUUGUAUUAUGGUGCGAAGCACAAAUAUGGGAUCGCCCUUGGAUAAAAUCUGAUAAGGAUAUCAAUAUAGACUGUAAAAAACAGUAUACAAAAAAAAGCGGUGAUAAAUAUAAAAAUACAAACAAACAUAGGAAUAAGAGACAAGUCCCACAGGCAGAAGAUAGUAUAGACGAAGAUGUAAAAGAUUAUUAUGCUAAUCGUGCAGUGCAGCACAUCAACGAUAAGGCCGAUACUAAUAACUUGCAAAAACUUGUUACCAUUCAUGCUAUUCAAAACGUUGUGAACAUGGAUGUUAAUAUGGUACAUAUGUAUAUAGAAACUGCAUUCACAUACUGUAUUCGAUAUCAGAAUGUAGUAAAUGUGGCACAAUGUGAUGAAUUAUCUGGGAUGUAUCAUAGACUGUGUUAUGUUCGGUUAUGGCCCUUACAUGAUGAUGAGUUAGCAAUUCAAAGUAUGUCUGUAGUUUGUGACGAUGAGCCGGAUUUCAAAAGUAUAACUGGCUUAUCAAUAGUGGAUCUUAUAAAAGCCUCCUUAAAAGACUUGGAAGAAUCCCCGAAAAUUAAGUACAAAUUAGUGCAUCAGGGUGAGCCAUAUGUUAUACCUAGUCUUGAUUCGCGAAUGCCAGUCUUAUUAAAUUUUGUGGUUGUCGUAACGAACUGUUCUAAGUACAUAAACAUUGAUGAAAAUCCUUUGUCAUGUUUCGUUGAUAAUUCUAAACUUCCAAAAACGUGUACUUCUUCUAUAUGGUUGGCGCCUAAAAGUAAAAAAAUCAAGAAAAUCGCGACAAGUUGUAAUCAACCACCUAAGCAAUAUCGUAGUAGACGGUCAAUUUCAUUAGAUUCUACAAAUAUCACGUCUGAUGAAAAAACUAUACAGAACUAUGUCAGGGAGUCCUUGGAAAAAUUGGAACUGACUUCUAUACAUAGAUAUAAACAAAGAGUUAUACAAAUAAACAACUAUACCACAACAAUAGUUAAGGGGAGAUUAACAACCAUACAUUUUGACGUUGGAUUCACAACUUGUUUGAAAUAUGAAUGGGUUGAUAAUAUAACACAAUGCGAAUUUAUAAAGUACCUACCUAGAAGACAUUGUAUUUCUCAGAUUAAAGAGCGACUGUGGUUAGAUAAUGUGAAGAAAAUAGACGUGAAUUGUGAAGAUGACAAUACUCCAUUGCAGUCCACAGUAGAUUUGGAUAGCGCUGCAAAUGCUAUGCAACUGGCGACGGAGGCAUUGAAACAUAUCGAAGCCAAAUAUCCACAUCCAAGAAAACAGAAAGUUGUACGAAUAUUCACAUUCGACAAACAGGAAAUUGCUGGCGUUCAUUAUAGAGUAAAGUUAGAAGUAGGUUACACUGAUUGUCUAGCACUGAGCAUUAAAGACGAUUGCCAACUGGUCGACGAUAUCAGUUUAAACAAACUCUGUAGAGCUAACAUUUGGGUGCGCCCAGGGACCGAUCAUCCACCUACGUACCGCGUUUCUUGUGAUUACCAAGAUGGUAUUACAACUGAACUGUACCACAAAAUUCAAUCUGAGCACUUAUUUUCUGAUUUCUUAGCAACGUAUAAUCCUGACUACAUUAAUGAUCACCUAGAAAUGCUCAAGAGGUAUGAAAUAUUCCAAAAUAAUGUGAGAAAAAUUCACGAUUUUAACACCCACGAGCGCGGAACAGCUAGAUACGCGGUCACGAGAUUUAGCGAUUUGACUUAUGAGGAAUUUGGACAGAAAUACUUGGGAUUAAAGACGAAUCUUCGUGACAGCAAUCAAAUCCCGAUCAGAAAGGCGGACAUACCACAAGUGCACUUGCCUGACAGUUACGACUGGAGACAUUACAACGCGGUUACAGAAGUGAAAGACCAAGGAUCCUGUGGCAGUUGUUGGGCGUUUAGUGUCACAGGCAACAUUGAAGGUCAAUGGAAGAUACAUUCUGGGGAUCUUGUGUCUCUCUCAGAACAGGAAUUGGUGGACUGUGACAAACUUGACGAGGGAUGUAAUGGUGGCUUACCAGACAAUGCUUACAGAGCUAUAGAACAGUUAGGCGGCUUGGAGACCGAGAAAGACUACCCCUACGAAGGUGAAAAUGACAAAUGCACGUAUAAUAAAACCCUCUCGAGGGUGCAGAUUACAGGCGCUGUCAACAUAUCGUCAAAUGAAACUGACAUGGCCAAAUGGCUUCUGCAAAAUGGACCGAUUUCUAUUGGUAUAAAUGCGAACGCGAUGCAGUUCUACGUCGGUGGCGUGUCUCAUCCAUGGAGAAUGCUCUGCAGCCCAUCCAAUUUAGACCAUGGGGUUCUUAUUGUUGGCUACGGUAUCAAAGACUACCCUCUCUUCCACAAACGGCUGCCAUAUUGGAUAAUCAAGAACUCGUGGGGCAGCCGAUGGGGCGAGCAAGGCUACUAUCGCGUGUAUCGCGGUGACGGCACUUGCGGUGUCAACCAGAUGGCGAGCAGUGCUGUUAUAUAGUGUUAUAUACAUGUAACAUAGCUGUUAUACACCGUUAUAUAGCUGUUAUAACCAAUAUUAUCACGUCUUCCGACAGAAUCGCUUUCCAAUUGUGUUAUAUAAUUGUAACAUAGCUGUUAUACACUGUCAUUAUGAUUAUUGAUUAUUAUUAUGAUCAAUAUGAUCACGCCCUCCGACAGAAUCACUUUACGAUAGUGUUUUAAAACUGGUAACAACUGUUACACGCCUUCAUAUACCUAAUUGUUAUGACCAAUUUUAUCACGGCUUUCUACAGUAUCUAAAAAAAAACAUUUUAUCGACUUUUCGACAUUACUAAUAGUAUCUCGAUUAUGUCUUUGGUUAGCAAAUCAAAACAGGAUGUCCUUAGCGAAAUAUAAAUGAGUGCAAAAAUAUUUUUUUUUUCUGAAAACUAUUGACCAAUUUUUUACUACUAAUUUCCAAAAACUUUUGGAGCAAAUUUUUACACAAAAACAAUAACACUUUAUUCUUUAGUCUAUUCUAUACUUUCAAGAUUAAUUGAUUCUACAUUGAUUAACACUUGCAUCGGAGUUUAUAGAGCUGUUCUCUCUCUCUGCUCUUUUUUUAUUUUUAGCCCUUUAAUACUUAUUUAAGAGCAAUUGUCUCAAAAAUUUUAUUAUUGUAAAUGAUUUUUAUAGGAGCCAAAAGAGAAAUUAAAUCCAAAGAAUUAUAAAUUUAGUAAUAUAAUGCAAAUCCUUGACAAAAGUUGACAAUACUCGUAUUUGUACAAAAUAUAUUUCAAUUAAAAAAUUAUAUAAUCUGAAUAUUUAUUAUUAUUUUAAUAACUUUUAGUUGUAUUUCAUGUUUCCACUCGAAUUUUAAUGUAUACAAGUUUUAUGUCCGUAUACGUAUAUUUCAACAUACUUGUGGUGUGCUUUGCUAUAAGAUAAAACGCCUCAAAUAAAAACAUAUAACAUAGUAUACUAACAUAUACCUAAGUGAAUAAUCACUUUAAACAUUUUCUUUCAUUUUUGGGUUGACAUUGAGUUACUAUAUACUAGAGAAGACACCACUCAUUUGUGUGCCGUUUAACUGCGGCGAUAUCGCUGCACUUCAUAUUUUCCUCAAACCUCAGACCAAUUAUAGAAGAACCUGUAUCGCACUCAAGAGUCACAAACAAAAUUGUCUGUCAUUUCUGAGGAAAACGAGCUUAGAUUUGGUGUAUAUCUUAUAACUUUUGCCCGUUUUUUACACAAUUCAAUUACAUAAAAAGGUAUUUUUACGGAGCUUUAACCGACGAACACGAUUACAACUAUUUAACAUCGAUUCUAUAGAGACAGUUUUAUAAUCGCAUUAGAUCGUUGAUCAUAUACUUUGACAGAAAAGUAACGUCUAGCAAGGCAGGUCCUAUACAAUAAUUGGUCUGAGUUUAUAACAUAUAUGACGUUCCAUGAUCCCAUGAAAACAAUAUUCUACGCCGGAAUUCGCGCCACGGAAGAAGUUCCGUGAACUAUAAUUGACAGCGCCUUACACAAAUGACAAUACGACCGCCAUUACCAUAUGACAAUGAGCGCCAUUAAGACAUUAGCGCCACGUCUACGGGACUUGUAUCGUGGCGCGGAGUAUAUACUAUAUAAUUAAUGUUUUAUAAAUAAAUGUUUUCGCACUGCAUCAAACACUUCAAUCAGUAUGUGAUGAUUUUUCUUUGGAACUGCUUCUCCAGUAUGUAACUAACUCAAUGGGUUUCCGCAACAAUUUAAUUCACUUUGUUAGUCCUUAGUAUUAUUAACUGAUGUUUGUGUUUCAUACAUAUUAUACUCACAUGUACAACGAACUUUGUGUAUAAAUAUAACUAAUUAUGUAAUUUACUCUUUUACCUCAAUAAUUUGGCUAGAUUUUAUUCGAAAACAUUUUCACUAUUUUUUUUUUAUUUUUAGUAAUAAAUAUCGAAAUAUGUAUAAAAGUAUAUAAAUAUCUAAAUUAAUAUAAACAGGUACAAUACAUUCAAAUACAGGCUACAGUUUUUUAGGUAGGUAAAUAUAAUAAAACAAUAUUGACAUCGACUCUUAUGAAUUCUAAUCUCACUUAAGUUUUAACUCGUUAAUUUUUUUAAUUUUACUUAGUUGUUUUAUGUCUAUGUACUAAUUUUAAUUUUAUUAAAAUAACUAAUAAAUAAAACUUAACUAAAAUUGCUAAUGUAACUUGUAAGGUAUGUAACGGAUAAAGAUGUAAUUGCGUGUGAAAGAAAAGGACAAAAACAAGUUUAUCUCGCACGCAGUUAGCGUAAAAGUUUCUCAUUUUAGUUUAAGUUCUCCAUAACUCCUGUGCCAUAGGUGCGUUUCUAAGUCUUUUUUAAAUAUUUCAAUAGAUAUACUCCGCGCCACGAAACAAGUCUCGUAGACGUGGCGUGUCAGGCGCUUUCAAUUUUAGUUCAGGUUUACGCCGCGGGACUUUUUUCGUGGCGCUAAGUCUACAGUUCGGUAUGUAUACUGAACGGCGUCAGUAUGUUUUGUUGUUUUUUUAAUACUUAUUUUUUUUUUAUAAAUUGAGUUGAACAAUUUUGCGCUUGCAUGCUUCACAUUGAUUCGGUGUUCAUGUGAAUGAAACCUUAGGGAAAAAGCUGGUAUAAGUAACGGCAUUUUUGUAAUACCUGUUUGUCGUUUUGUACUGUAAAUUUUUACUUUGCAAGUACGAGUACGUUUCAAAUUAACAAGUUUCGCUAUGAACUUUUUUUUUAACAAUUGCUUAUUAGAACCUGUGAUUUUUUGUUGUUUAUGUAAAACAAAAUAACUGCAACGAUAGUAAGGUUAUUUUCGCAAUCGAAUACUUUUAAUUACUAACUAAGUGUCGCUGCACAUGGGCCACACGCGACAGCCACAAACGUCGCUACAAGAAUCAAGAAGGGGCCACAAAAGUAACUGAAGCGCGCGACAGCCACUUGUGGCUGGUGGUCGACAUUUGCGGUCGGUGGCUGUUACUUUUUUUAACCCAUGUUUGCAGUAUCAUAAUGGACUCGAAAGAAGAAGGUUUAAUUGCGCUGCUUUUGUUAAGAAGAAAACAUCGUCGUAGAGGACGAAUCCGCAAUUUGACAGAGAGGGGUGCGGAGUCUACGGGCCACAAAAAGCGAGCAGUGACGAUUGCGCGUGUGGCGGCCACCGGCGUCAACUAUGUGCGGCGAGUCCAUUUAAAAUUUAUGAAAAAUUUGCCGUUAGUGGCGUUUUGUGGUUUUCGCCGGUGGCCCGUGUGCGUGAGCCUUAAUUGUUUAACGAGUGACAGUCUUUUUUUUACAAGCGUGUUUAUCGUUUUACUUAAAAAUACUUACCACAAUUUAUUAUUUAAUUGUUACUUACCAGAUUAUAAUGAUAUUGUAAUAAUUACAUAUAUUAUUAAUGUUAGGUUUAGGCUUAAUAUUUCGAUAUAUUUACAGAUGUACCACUUACGUAGCACUAAGUUCACGGGUCUAAUAAAUAAAAGGAUUUUGUACAAUAUUAAA